AAGUUAGGGACAUGAUUGUUAAGUGAAACUGGCCUCCCCAUUGACUUUUCUUGUCAGAAGGUCGCAAAAAGGGAUCAGAUGACCUUGGGGCACUGCAGCCUUCAUAAAGAGUCAGUUGUCAAGCAUCUGAAUUUUGAUCACUGACUAGGGGACGCGGCAAUGGUAGUAAAUGAAAAAAGUUAUGUCACUUUUUUCAGUGCCCUUUGUAACUUUGAAUGGUCACUAAAUGAACUCUUGUAAGUUGAGGACUACCUGUAUUUGUACAGUUUUCAAGUGGGCAACAUUUUGUGUAUGCAUUCUAGCUAUUGAUAAUUACAUUUUUAUCCUACCUUUAUUUUAUAAAUAACUCAAGAUGGGGAACAUACCUAAUACUACUACUAUUAUUUUCCCUACAACAACAAACUGUUAGAUAGAUUAGGCUGAGAGUGUGUUGACGGGCCCAAAUUCACUCAGCCAACUUUCAGGACUAAAACAGGACUAAAACACAAGUUCUGUUUCUAGCCUAGUGCCUGAACCACUACGCCAAUUUGACUGAAUUGGUACAACAAUUCUAGUGAGUUGUUAUAUUAGUAUUGCCUAUGAUUAAAAAUAAGAGGCCUGACAUGAAGAGAUCCUGUGAUCUCAUAGUUCAUAUAUCUGCUUUAUAUAUCUAUACUGCCCUCUUCAAACCUGGAAUAGGUGAUUAAUUUUGAAUAAUCGGACUACUGGUAUAUAUACUAAUUUGACAGGAAUCCACCUGAACAUGAAGAUAUUUAGACCUGUUUAGAUUUCUUUAGGAUUGUGAUGUUUGUCUCCUGCCAAUAUAGCAACCCUUUAGCAACUGAAUGGCGAAGAUUGCAAUUUCAUCUGCAUUUGUAAUGUUUUUAAAUGUUUUUUUUUGUGAUAAUAGUAUAUAUAUAUUUCUAAAUUACUAUAGGCUUUCAUCAUGACUUCCAUCUCUUGAAAAAUCACUGGAAUCAAAACCAUCUUUAUAUACUGCUUUUAAUUCUCCCAGUGGAAAGGUCUUUUAAAAAACCUUCUUGCUCUUUCUUGCAAUAUCUUGGAGGCAUAAUACCAUAGUAUUAUUAAAACCUAACCAAAGUAAGUAUGUUUUGCAUGAUAAGUUGCUUUUUUGUGUAGUUAAUUCCAAAAGCUUAUAGCAAAAGUCAAUAUUCCAAAUUACCUGGGCCCUUACAUCCAUUUCUGACUUUUUAGAUCAAAAUCAUAUUUAGCUUUUUGCUGUUUAUUUCAAAAAAGUUAUGUUCUUAACCUUGUAAUUAAUUUGUUUGUUCAGAGUUGAAAAUAAACCCACCCAAUGAAGACUUUUCAACUGCUGUCAUUCCAAAGGCUUCUAAUAUCUUCUGAAAUACUUCAGAGUAUUUCUGAAAGUCAUUAGAAAGGGAGAUUUGUAAACGUAGAGUCCUUUACAAGGUUUCGCCAUGAUUGUGAACAAGAUGGCUAAUUCCUUUGUCUCCCAGAACUCAAACACAUGGGCAAUGAUGUCCUGCUGUCUCUUCAUGAAGAGCAGUUGUCCUGAGCAUAAUGUGAGUGAUCUCUUGUCCUUUCCUUAUCCAGAGAAGUUCCAAGGAGAUAGUCACAGAGCUGUCUGUGAAAGAGUUCACCAUACUUCUCCUGGAAGCCAUUUUCUUUCCUAUUUUGAUAGAUUUUUCAUUAGUGCAUAAAUCUAUUUUGGAUUGGUAGAUGAUAAAAAAUUCUGCUUAUUGUGAACUAGAACUUAAGAUGCUUGGCUUGUUAGUUGUUCAAGACCUGAGCACAAGAUAGGGCGAGUUCCCAUCCUCGCCCCAGCUCCCGCCAACCUAGCAGUUUGAAACAUGCAAAUGUGAGUAGAUAAAUAGGUACCACUUUGGUGGGAAGGUAACAGUGCUCUGUGACAUCAUCCUGGCCACAUAACCGUGGACAUUUCUUUGCUUUGACAGUGCUGGCUCAAUGGCUUUGAAAUGGAGAUGAGCACUGCUCCCUAUAGUCAGCAAUGACUAGUGGAAUAAACUCUGCAAGGACUCCUUUACUUUACGUUUUCAAUAACACAACAUUAUUUUGUGCUUUUCUUCAUUUUGGGAUACGCUACUGUAGCUGUAGAGUAGCUACAGUGUUAUAUCUCGUUAUGUUUAGCCAGUUAUCUCAGAUUCUUGACACCCCAUAAUUCGCCAUAUUUGCGCUUCUCCUCUGGUCUCAUCUUUUCUUUAUUAUAGCCAUGGAAGAAGCCAGCACUGUGGAGGAAGGGGAAGUGACCUCAGGGAUGCAAUCCUUGGCAGUAGAAGAUGGGCCUGGUCCGGAUUUAGCUUCUGCCACUGAGGAACAAGAUGACGCUGCCAGAGAAACUGAGGGGGAAUUAUCAGGCAAGGGAGAAGAAUCUGCUGAAGAGGAUUGGUGCAUCCCCUGCAGUGAUGAGGAGCUGGAUUCUCCAGAUAACUGGAUGCCUGAACCCAAGGAGAUCCGUCGUUUAUAUGAGCUCAUUGCUGAGCAUGGGACUCUGGAGAUUCAGGCCGAAAUCCUCCCUCGGCGCAACCCAACCCCAGAGCCUGACAGUGAAGAUGAGGAUAAAUCUGAUGGACAAUCUGAACACCAAGAAGAAGAAGAGGAGGAGAAGCCUCAUGUGCCUACUGAAUUCGACUUUGAUGAUGAGCCUGCCACUCCCAAAAGCUCCUUGAUUGAUCGACGGAGAACUCCUGGCACGGUAGCUAAGAGUCAGAAAAGAGAAGCUCGCCUGGACAAGGUGCUGUCAGACAUGAAGCGCCACAAAGUGCUGGAGGAGCAAAUUAUGAAGACCGGCUGUGACCUCUUCGACCUUGAUUCAGAUGAUGUACCCACUCCAAAACGGCCCUCUGGUCUCUUCCUUCGUCAGCGCAAAUACUAACAAUAAUGAAGAAGAUAAGCCGAGAGAGGAGGAUGGAAUGGAACUAUGGGUGCAGAUACAAGGGGAAGGAACUCCUGCCUUACCCCAUUAGUACCCUGGACUUAGACUCUGAUCCCAUACGGGUUGCUGGAGGUGCUUGCUUUCAUGUUUCUGGGUGUAAUAAAACUCUGUGAGUUUGCUUUUAAUUUAA